GUAAAUACGGCACGCCACUUGUUACCGUGUUUUGGUUUUGGCAGCAAAGGAGGGUUUAGUCUUCUAUGCGUCUUUCAUAUCCGUUGCAGACGACGCCUCUGCCCCAGUCCUCGCCAAAACCCACUAACACUCUCUCUUGAACUCCUCCAUCUCUCGUCAGGGAGUAUUCAUCGUAAAGAUGAGUUCUGUAGCUGGGCUCACUGGUAGUCCAUCCAGAUGCUGCUUUCAAGUAUCUGUGGGAAGUUCCGCUUCUCGGUGCAGGAGAGUUUCCAACCUCCCUCGUGCAGAGAAGAGUGUGCUGCUUCGUGCCGAAAGAAGUUAUUGGGCUGGCGUUACACAAAGAUUGAAUGCAAGGAAAACUCAUGUGAUCAAGUGUUCCAUGGAUGCUUCCUUUGGUGAUAUGUCAAAUGAACCAACUGCUAUCUUUCCUAGGAUUAAUGUGAGGGACCCAUACAAACGGCUUGGGAUAAGCAGGGAGGCUUCUGAAGAAGAAAUUCAAGGUGCAAGGAACUUCCUUAUCCGACAGUAUGCUGGUCACAAACCAAGUGAAGAUGCAAUUGAAUCAGCAUAUGACAAAAUAAUCAUGCAGCAGUUUUAUGCUAGGAAGAACCCAAAUAUCGACUUUAAGAAAAAGUUUAGGGCAGUCAGUCAGUCCCGUGUAGUGCAGGCUGUGAGAAGUAGGUUCCGCACUCCAGCCACACAGUUCAUUAUAAAAACUUCCAUUGCAUUUAUAGUGCUGGGAGCCCUCACUUUUCUGUUCCCAACCGAAGAAGGUCCAACCCUUCAAGUAGCCAUUUCUUUGUUGGCCACCAUAUAUUUCAUACAUGAAAGACUACAGAGCAAAUGGCGAGCUUUUCUCUACAGUGCUGGAGCAUUUGUUUUCUCAUGGCUGGUGGGAACUUUCUUGAUGGUGGCUGUGAUUCCACCCAUACCUUUCAUUAAAGGACUAAGGAGUUUUGAGGUGAUAACUUCACUCAUAACUUAUGUUCUACUCUGGGUCGCGUCUACUUAUCUGAAGUAGUUCUUGCUGUUCUUAUGAUAGACCUCAAUUUUGUUGGAAUUAUAAACCACAUAAUUUCUUGGAGAUUUAGCUUAUGCAGAGUUCAUUUUAGUGACAGUGCUGAUGUUUGUUAGUGAGCUUCCUAGUUUAGGGAGAAGAGAAUUGUGUUUCAUUUUUUGGAGAAAAGGUGUAAAAUUAUACGGAAGACAAGACCGAUAUAAUCAAUUUUCAUUUUCUUUC